AAGCUACAAUGUUGCCCGCAGUAGGCUAUUCUGGUGAUUCAUUUUACAGUGAAUCCGACUAUUUAAUUUUAUUAUUGCGCGCACAUGUGACAGCGUUUUAACCUGCAGUGAUUCGGGGUUUCACAUGUCAUUUUUUCCCCUGCUUGUGAAUGUAUCGGCAAGCCUCUGCGGUCAAAUCGUCCCCGCCCCCCGGGUUCAAGCGAUGGGAUCUCCUAAAGCGGGAUCCCCAUUUGCCUUGGCUCCAGCCUAGAUUAUCUGAAGCUCUAUUGGGGACCAGAGAAGAGAGCAGCAGCCUAAGGGAAGCUUGGACUUGAUUCUGUCAUGUCCAGACAGCAGCAUGUUCUCUCUCGAUUUGGAAACUGACACCACUGCAGAGGACACAGCGCACAACACCCCCAAUGAUGGAGAGGAUGGACCGGCCAGCGUGGAUGUACUCGAGGAGCAGCGGCCCGUGAAGCAGUCCCUCAGCUCUUGCAUGUGUCGGGAGUCCCACUGGCGUUGCCUUCUGCUCUCCCUGCUCAUGUACAGCUGCCUGGGCGGCGUGGCGUGGUGCCAGCUCACCCAAGUCACCAAGCUCAGCUUCGACUCGUCCGUCACCUCCCUGACAGGCCCCAUCUCCUCCCUCAGAGGGGCCGGCGUAGGUGGCCGCUCGAUGAUCUACCAAGACAGCCCCUGCUCUGAUGGCUACGUCUACAUCCCUCUGGCCUUCCUGCUCACGCUCUAUGUGCUCUACCUGGUGGAGUGCUGGCACUGUCGGGCUCGCAGUGAGCUACAGUGUAAGGCGGAUGUGGACAGCGUGUACGAGCGGGUUCUGCGGAUGCAGCAGGCCCGUCCGUGUGUGUGGUGGAAGGCCAUCAGUUACCACUUCGUCCGGAGGACCAGACAGGUGACUCGCUACCGGAACGGGGACGCGUACACCACCAAUCAGGUCUACCACGAGCGGGUCAACACGCACGUGGGCGAGGGAGAGUUCGACUACAGCCGCUGUGGAAUGCGCGACGUCUCACGGAACCUGCGCGGACUGGAGAGCCACCCGGCGACGAGGCUUUGUUUCACCAAGUGUUUCAGUUUCGCCGGGUCUGGACCAGAAAAUAAUUACCUCAACCAGCGGGCCAGGUUCUUCUCCGAGAUCGAGGGCUUGGAUGACUACAUGGAGGCUCGGGAAGGGAUGCAACUGAAAAACGUGGACUUCAAAGAGCACCUGAUAGCCUACGUGGACCCUGACCGGCUGCCCUGGUACACCUCUCAGGUGGCCUUCUGGUGCGCCGCUCUGCUCAUGCUGUCCUGGCCCCUGAGGGUGCUCACGGAAUACCGUACGGCCUUCGUCCACUACCACGUUGAGAAGCUCUUCGGGCUGGAGUACAGCCUCAGCAGCCCCUCCCCAGCAGAGGAGGAGAUGCCCAUCAUCAGGAGUGGUCUCCCUCGGGUGGACACCGUGGACAGCACUGAGCUGGAGUGGCACAUCCGCUCCAACCGCCAGCUGAUCCCUAGCUACUCAGAGGCCAUGCAGAUUAACCAGGGGGCUUCGGACUCCUGCGCGGCCGACGACACCGGCUCCUCUAACUGCAUUCUGCUGGACAGCCACCCGGCCCAGAGCUACGGCACUCUGGCGCGGGACUGCGAGCACUGCUGUCAGCUUCGUGGCGCGGUCGGACACCGGCGGGCCACCGCCAGCUCCAGCUGCUCGUCCAUCUUCUCCCGUCACGCCUUCCACUCCCGCCUCUCCCUCGACACCUCCCACUUCUCUCUGUGCCGCAUGUACGGCUCUCGGCGCACCGUGGGCCUGUGGAGGAGCCGCAGUAGCACGCUGACCGAGCGCUGUCGCGAGGAGGAGCCGUGCUGCCGCUCCUACUCCAGCCAGCUGGCCCUUAACGAGAGCCCGCCCACCUACCGGGACGCGCGCUUCUUCCCCGUCCUCAUCGUGCAUCGUCCCGAGGGUUGCGGCAGUGACGACUCCAGCGCGGAUGUGCGCCGCUACUAUGUGCGCCGGGGGUCUGGCUGCCUGGAGACGUCUCUCUGAUGGACAGCGCUCUGACACGGCAGUGGUAUAUCAGGGUGGCGGGGGGUCCAGGAGCAAAGGCGCUGAAACGGUGUUCCUCUGCGUGCUCAGACUCACUUACGGGCUGUAGAGUUUCUCUGCCUCUUGUGUGCCCUGUAUUUGUACUGCCGUAGACCCGUUUGUGAGUCAGAUUAAAGGGCUGGAUUUUAAUGUUCAAUUUAGCGAUGAUUAGCUCUGAGUCCUGCCUGUGCAUAUGACGUUAUGCCAGCUUGCCUUUUUCUGUGUCAGACGAAACGGCACGGUGGAAAAGAAAUUUGUGUUGUGGCCUAUAAAGGAAAUUCCAAUGUUAA